CUUUCACUGCUGUUUGUUUAUAUUCAUACUCUUCCAGAGAAACUUUUAUGCAAUUGGUUAGUUUUAUGAACGUAUUAAUUUGACAACCCACGCAAAUCAAGCCUCUAUUAAUUGCAUUCGAUUUGACUUUCACCGAAAAAACAAGCAAAUUUAGCUCGCUUUGGAUAAGGCCCAUAGUUGGGAUUCGUUGACAUAAUCCGAGCAAUUCAGAGUGUAUUUAUGUAAUCUGGAAUCCAAAUAAAAACCGAAUGCAAAGCGGAUUAAAGACAGUUGUUGAUAGUCUCUUGUGAAUACAUUUGUUCACUUCAUACAAAAAAUGCUUGGAAUAAGAGUGCUUGUGGCGUAUAAUAUAAUUUUAUUCGGAAGUUUCCAUGGAGAGUGUGCUGCCGUUCAUAAAGAUAACACCUUUAAUUCAACAGAUGAAGCUACAAAAAACUCUCUUAUUGAAGCUCAGUCGAUUGGGAGAAUCGUAAACCGCGUAAAUCAGAAGGAAAUUCUUCGGAACAUCCUGCCACCGCCAAAUUAUAUAGGUGAUAUAACUCGCACAUCGAGCACUGAUCCAGAAAAUCCCCGCCCCAUUGAUGUACCCCUAUUAAAUGCUGCUCCAGAAGCCAAGAUCAAUGGAAGCCCAUCAGCUACGCAUAUAAGCUACGGAUCACAAGUAAACACUCAAUCCACUUACUCAUCAGAUUUUCAAUUGCAAAUACAAAACCCACGACCAGUUCAGCACAUACAUUACCACUACAUUGUGCCCAAUGCCACUCCAAAACCGAUCGUAAAUUAUGUGACUCAAUCUCAAUCUGAUUUCAACGCCCACAAUGUUAAUUCAGAUGGUCAACCGUACUCCUCAAUCGACCCUCGGCCAUCGCAUAUCAUUGAAAGCAAUCUGCAGCAUAGCAAUCGAGAAGUUAUGUCAGUCAACCCCUUGUACUCAGCGGUGGACAAUGGUGGAUUCCUUUACGAUUCCCCGGAUGAGCACCAGGGUCAGGCAUCUGAAAAUACAUCCGUAUACGAGUUUAGAGAUCCUGGCCAGACUAUAAAGGAUGAACUGCAAAGGGAGGAGGCAUUACUGAAAACAAGUUCGGAGCUUUCAAUUAGCCAGCCAAUUUCGAAUCAUCAAAUGGACGUAGUCAGUCCAAUUCCGAGUCAGACGGAAGUUUACUUUAUUAAGUACUACGAUGAACAUAACAAAACUACUACUUCACCCGAGUCCCAGACCAAAAUGGAUACUUCAAGUGAGGUUUCAGACGGCAGUGGUUUGAUAGACAUCAGGGCAGGAAUUGCUGAAACUUUGGAAGGACAUAUAGAGUCUACGACUCCAUAUAAUGAAUACUCUGCAUACAACGUUCCAUUGAAUUAGCAUGUAACUUAAGAAUGUAAAUUAUUGAAAAUUUAAUAAAAUAGGUAAUAAAUAUCAA